CCUUCCCUGCCUGUGGGGCCACCUGGGCGCCCCCCCCCCCCAGAGCCCCGGUGCCAGUCUGGGCGCCAGGGGUCUCGAGCCCCACCCCAGGGCCAGUGGGAGAGGUAGCCAGUUAGCGCCUAGGGGCCGGCCUCUGGCCGGCAAGCUCGGUUCCACCUAAAAAUGCGCUUCUGAAACACCUUGGCAAGGGAAUGGACCCCAACUUGGAGGGGAAGGCCUUGGUUUGAUCCGCCCGGAGUGGCUGGGUGAUCCACCCCUCUCUGGGCCUGGGCUUCAGUUUCCGUAUCCGUGCCACAGCAGGGCUGCCCCCAUAGCCCCUCUAUCCAGGUACAGACACCUCCGUGACCACUGCCUCUGUGUUACCUGUUCCCCUAAUCAGAGUGGGGUUCCCCCAGUCAGGUAUGGUGUGGGGGACCCAGAGCCCGCGCGGUCCAGCCGUGGAAGGCCCUGGGAAUGCCCCCUAGGAGCAGGUCCAGCCUCCCACCACCCCUACAAUUAGCCUGCUCUGUGGCACCCCCCUUGGGUGCUCACCACCUCCCAAGUCUGUGGCUGGACACGCCCACCCUAAGAGGAGCUGGAACCUGCAGGUUCCCUCUUCACAGCCCACACCUCCUAUGUGCUUCUUCCAUCCCCUUGGGGUGAUGGGAGUCUGAAGCCAACCUUUGCCCCUUUCAGACAGGCUGCCCCUUCCUCCUCUCUUCCCCCAAGUCUAUCCUCUGGGGAGUCGCAGCAGAGGAGAAGGGCCAGGGGCUGUUUCGUUGCUUCAGCACUAGCCAAACCCCUGUGUGAGCCUCAGUUUACCCCAGCGCAAAAUGGGUGCCCGUCCUCAUCCUACGGGCACGGUUUGAGUGUGGGGCACUGAGCCAGGAGCUCGCCCUCUCCACUCUGAGCUCUCAUCUCACCUGCUGCAAGGGCACUGCCUCCAUCACCCCGCUUUACAGAUAAGGCAGUGGGUGCCGAGGGGCUCAGUGACAUGUCCAGGGUCUUCUGGAGGGCCCAGGAGGGAGAGGAAGCAGCCAGAGUGGAGGUAGCAAGGCCAGGGAACGCUACUGGAAAACCAGAGGUGGGCGAAGCUCUGUCUGUUCUGUUCACAUGUCCACUCGCCAGCUCCUCAGCCCAUUCAGCAAACGGUGAACCUGCUCUCGGGGUGCGGGCAGGAAAGAAAUGGGGCCUUCCCAGGAUGGCCUGGGUCCGUGUGUCACACCCCCACCUCCAGCCGUGCCCAGUACGACCCCCCACCGCUGCCCUCUCCAUACCCUCCCACUCUCCAGAGAGGAUCCAGGCCUGGCCGAUGACAGAGGAAUCAUCUGGCAGCCUCAGAAGCCGCCGCUGGCGAGCAGGAGAGCCUCCUGUUCCCACAGCUGCUCCCCCUUCCUCACCACCCUCCUCUCUGCAGACAGCUUGGUUGGGCUGGAGAACAAGCCGUGCUCCCAUUUUGUGGAUGGCAGGCCCGAGACCCUGAGGACUGACACUGUCUCCUGGGGCCCCACUGCUCACAGAGCUCCCCAAGCGCCUGGCCCACGUGGCUCUCGGCGGGAGCCGGCGUGGCCUCUGUCCCCACUCUGCUGUGCCCUGCGCGCUCCAGCAGCCCCUAAGGGACAAGAGCACACCCAGUAGUCACAAGCCAGGCCUGGCGCUGAGAACUGUACCCGGACCAGGGCUCUCUGUAUGGAGGGGGCACCGAGGCAGUGCAGAGCAGCAAGGAAUAGACCUGGCACUCCACCCACGGCCCUCCCUCCAUCCAUCCGUGGAUAUUUACUGCUUGUCUAACGUGCCAGGCCCUGGGGAACAGGAGAGAGCUGAGGUUCCCGCCUCUGCAGCACUCACUGCCUGGUGGGGACGGACAAUGGAGAGGAGUUACACUAUAGACAGAAAAUGUCACGUUGUACCCUGUGCUGGGAAAGGACACAGGUGAGAUGCUCCCCAGCUCCUCCUAGACCCUAUGGGGGGGGGGAGCCAUGUGGGAUGGGGACAGGCAGACCCUGAGCUGCCUGCUCCCACCCCCAGCUCUGGCUUUGCCUCCCCUCCCCAACCCCGGGGGGCUGUGCAGAGCUCCUGUCCCCUGUGGUUCCUGCUAAUGAAGGGCAACUCCACCCACCCAGAAACCGGGCUGCUUCCGGCUGGUAUUUAAAGAGGUGUCUCUGAGUGUGAUGCUGGCGUUCGUUCCCAUUCCUGUCUUGUGCCCACCCCACAGUGUCCCUCUCACGGUAAACUGGAGACAGAGCUACUGGCUGCCCCUCGCCCCUGCUCUGGCACCAGAGGAGCGCCUCAUCCAGGCUGGGCUCCCUGCCAGGCCCCUUGCGGGACACGGCAGAUUCAGGGACAACUAAGGCGUAGGGCUGCUCUCAGGUCACCCCAACUGGCUGUGAAUGAGGGUCAACUUCUGGAUCAGGGUGGGGGAAGCAGAGAAGGCUUCCUGGAGGAGGCAAUGUCAGCACAGAAAAGAAAAGGCAGGCAAGAGCCAGACUUCAGUGCAUUAGGAAAUGGCAGGUGGGAGAUUCAUCAACUGUUCUGAGAAAUUUGGCUGUGAAGGGGAAGAGAGAUAGAGGGCAGUAGCUGGAGGGAAAAGGGAGGUCCAGGGAGGGUGUUUUUAAUAGAAGACACUAACCCUAACCCUUAAAAGCUGCCUGGAAAAUGCUAUCCGAGGAGGGAUGUCCACUCAAGAAAAGAGGACUUUCAAAGGGAGGACCCCUCAAGGCAGG